CGCCCGUCGGCCGUCACGUGCCGGAGCGUCCCUGGCGCCUGGCUGUGUGCGGCGGGGCAUGGACCCUCGGGCGGCCAGCGGGCAGGGGUCCGGCGAGCGAAGGGCGCGGGAGGUCCCCAGGGCGGAGGCUGGCUUUGCCGCAGCUGACCUCUCUGGUCAGGAGACGGAGACUGAGAUGGCCGUGGACCGACUAGCCAGUGGAGCCCAGAGCAUCUCUAGUGACAUUCCUACCCAUGUUGAGGGCCCAAGUUUGGAAGAGGAAGGCUUUGCUGUGGAAGAAAAGGAAGCUGACGGGGAACCGGAUGCCUGGGAGCUUCCAGAAGGCCCACCCGUGGGACAGGCUACUGAUCUCUUCAGCGAAGACUGGGAUUUAGAGCUGAAAGCAGACCAAGGGAAUCCUUACGAGAACUUUGAGGAUAAAUGUGCUGUCAGAAUGCCUUGUUUGCAUUGCCUCAGGAAAGAUGCCGAUGACAUCCAGGGGAGCUUUUCUCAAGAGAUUAAACCCUGGGUGUGCUGUGCCCCACAAGGAGACAUGAUGUAUGACCCCAGUUGGCACCAUCCACCUCCACUGAUACCACAUUAUUCUAAGAUGGUCUUUGAAACAGGACAGUUUGAUGAUGCUGAAGACUAAAAGUGUCACUUUCUGCUCGCCUUGUGAGAGCUCUUGUGUUUUCCAGAUCAAGGGUUGUUUUGUGUGUUUUCAGUGAGAUGUCCUAUCCCAGGCAAUGUUCCCAGUGGUCCCUCAGUAUGGGCCACAGACGGGCUAACUGGGUCCUGCUGCUGCCCCGUUUAUUGUUGUUGUUGUUAGUGGACUCUUUGUCUGUCAGAGUUGUGUUCUUUAUAAAUAAAGGAAGGGAAAAAAAUAA